AUGGAUUGUGCUCCUUGUUUGGAGGUGGUGCCGUUCUCCGUGACGCUGGUGCUGGAGGCGGAGGCGGCGUCGGGGGCGGAGCCGCUAGAGGGCCUGGAGGCGCUCGCCGACGCCCUCAACCGCACCCUGGCGACUGCGCGCACGCACCUGCAGGUGCAGGUGGUGUCGCGCGCCAUGGAGGAAGUCCGUGGGGGCGGCUCCCGGCGCAUGCGCGUGGUUUUGCGUGGGCGGCUGCCUGCGUCACCCCCAGCGUUCCUGGCACGUGACUGGGCCGACGACCUGGACCUGUCCCCCGAGGCGCUGGCCAACCUCUUCAUCGAGCUGGCGGCCACCCUCGUGGGGCUGUCGUGGGGCGUCUACUCCAUGUGGUUGGCUGGAUAAAGCAACGUUCUUCUUUACUCCUUGCUCGUUUUCUUUUCCGUGUAAUUUUUUUAAAAACCUGAGAAAUGUGGAGCAGGCUGAAAGAGCCAAAUAAACUGAGAGUACAAACUGUCGUUUAUUUCUUGAGCUAGUAAAAUGGAGGGCCGCAGGUUAAUGAAUAGGCUCGAGUACCGUCCCUGAAGAGGAAAUCUUCGAGUGAAGAGGUGCGGCGGUGUGUUAUGCGCGUGUGGAAGCAGAGCUGCCUUGAAGGGAAUGUGCAGUGCUUGUCGCUCACCUGCUACUUCUUGCUGCCACACCGUGGGUCCAGCCUAACAAAUAUUAUAAGCACUAUAUAUUAUUUUUAUCCCUUAUAUAAUAUUAGUAGCAAUGCUCAAUAUUACUAGUUUGGGCUUAGACGUUUUCCUAACGCCCAUACAUCUUCUUUAGAAGGCCUUUCACAAUAUUAUUUUGUAACUGAAAAAAUAUGCACGUGUUUUUUGGUUAUGAAACAUUGCUGUGUUAUAAUUUAUUUAAUUGACACACUAAAAUAGUGUCACAGUGGUUGGAGUGUCGUAUCAAAGGGGAUGUCAGAGAAAAUAAUUGAAAAGAACUGUUUUCUGAACGAAAGGUCUUAGACUUUCCCCUUAAAUCAAACAAUGUGAUACAAACUGUGCACAAACGUGUUUUUUGAGCUACAGUACAUGUAAAGAAAGCAAAUUAAAUGCAUAUUAAAAUUGUGAAAUGUCUUAAUAAGCACAUUUUUUCCUUUGGCUCACAAAGUUUCAGAAAUAAGGGUUAUCUUUAUGCUGACCCAACCGCUUCAAAUAUGAUAAGUCAUCAGGUGUGUAUUUCUACAAGUCCAUAAGGUCAUUUCACAGGUACACAAGUCCAUUUCCAUAAAUCCAUUCCGGUGUAUGCAUAGAAAUCCUGUGGAAAAAGUCCAUCGCCACAAACUUUCAUUUAGCUUACAGUGUCCGGGCAUUAUCCUACAUGAUUCGCGGAAUCGUGGCAACCGAGAAUUAUGAAUUAGUUGAUGUAAGAUGGCCUAAGAGCAGAGCUGUCUAUGAAUGAGGUAUUCCCAUGUAAUUUCUUUUCCAUUUUCUUUUGGGCAAAAGCAGGCAAGCGAGUGUUUU